CAUUUUGAACUGCCCGUUUCUUAUGAGCUCCAAAGCAAGCACUGAAUCUGCUUUUUGUUCUUCCAGUGGUACUGUAAUACUAAUGGAAGCAGAAAGCAUUUAGUUAGUUCAUAAAAUACAAGUGCUGUUUCUACUUGGAUAUUUAUUCUGACCUUUAUUUUGGACAGUUUCUCUGCCAUGAUCAGAUUCUCUGAUUACAAUGUCAGCUUUCACUAGAAAUCUCUUUGUGAUUUAACUGGCAGGGUUUUGGAGUUUGAGCAACUGGGUAUGCAGCAGCUCUGACAUAAUGGUGAAUAACACUGAAGACCCUCAAGAGGCUUUAUAACGUCCCAUCCCCAUGUAAAGUAUGCUCAGAACUUUUCCAGUAGUUCUGCUGGAAACCAUGUCUCACUACACAGACGAACCAAGAUUUACCAUAGAGCAGAUAGACCUGCUUCAGCGCCUGAGACGUACAGGAAUGACCAGACAUGAAAUUCUCCACGCGCUGGAAACCUUGGAUCGUCUUGAUCAAGAGCAUAGUGACAAAUUUGGAAGAAGGUCUAGCUACGGAGGUGGUUCCUACAGCAACAGUACCAACAAUGUCCCAGCAUCUUCCUCUACAGCCACAGCUUCAACACAGACCCAGCAUUCUGGGAUGUCCCCAUCACCAAGCAACAGUUACGACACCUCCCCACAGCCUUGCACUACUAAUCAGAAUGGGAGGGAGAGUAACGAGAGGUUGUCUGCAUUCAACGGGAAGAUGUCACCUACCCGCUACCCACUUGCAAACAGCUUGGCUCAAAGGUCGUACAGUUUUGAAGCUUCUGAAGAGGACUUGGACAUUGAUGACAAAGUGGAGGAACUGAUGAGGAGGGACAGCAGUGUGAUAAAGGAGGAAAUCAAAGCCUUCCUAGCCAAUCGGAGAAUUUCCCAAGCAGUUGUUGCACAGGUAACAGGUAUCAGUCAGAGCCGGAUCUCCCAUUGGCUGUUGCAGCAGGGGUCGGACCUGAGUGAACAAAAGAAAAGGGCAUUUUACAGAUGGUACCAGCUUGAGAAGACAAAUCCUGGGGCUACGUUAAGCAUGAGACCCGCUCCUAUCCCAAUAGAAGAGCCAGAAUGGAGACAGACGCCUCCCCCAGUCACAGCUACCUCUGGGACCUUCAGACUACGGCGAGGCAGUCGGUUCACAUGGAGAAAGGAGUGCCUGGCUGUUAUGGAAAGUUACUUCAAUGAGAAUCAAUAUCCAGACGAGGCAAAGAGAGAAGAAAUUGCCAACGCCUGUAAUGCAGUUAUACAAAAGCCAGGAAAAAAGUUAUCAGAUUUGGAGCGAGUUACCUCCCUUAAAGUGUACAAUUGGUUUGCCAACAGAAGAAAGGAAAUCAAGAGAAGAGCCAAUAUCGAAGCAGCAAUCCUGGAGAGCCAUGGAAUAGAUGUACAGAGUCCGGGAGGUCAUUCCAACAGUGACGACGUUGAUGGCAAUGACUACUCAGAGCAGGACACUUGGCAAGUACGCAAUGGGGAGGAGGAGGGAAGAUGUUCAGAGGGAGGCAGAGAAGCAGAGAAGGUAGAAGAAGACAGGAGGAUCUGCUCCAAACAAGCAAGUUACACCAUUCACGCCACACGCAAUGAUGACAGCACUAGCCAUAGUGACCAUCAAGACCCCAUUUCAUUAGCCGUGGAAAUGGCAGCGGUAAACCACACCAUCUUGGCAUUGGCCCGGCAAGGAGCCAACGAGAUCAAGACAGAGGCUCUAGACGACGACUGAUACAAAGAAAGGGGAGGGUCGAAGCAAGAAGUAACUUAGUUUUAGACGUAGCACCUUAGCAGACUUUCCUCGGUCCUUAAUAUGUGUUCUUACAGUAUAACUUUGCAGUUUCUUGUACGUCAGUUAGCUGUUAGGGUCUUGUUCUGUGAAGAUGGCAUGGUGCCCUCAGCCUUUGCAUAUACUCUCUCAGUAUUAAUUCCCAAUAAAUAAUCAACCAACCAACCAACCUCCCUCUCCCAGCCCCAGUGGCUAGAAAAAUCUUGCUGCUCUGUCUUAGCAUUCAAAGUGCUUCCAGGUAUUUUAGACAGCCCUCAAUUACAAGUCUUAGGCUACACUUAAAAUCUUGGAUACCCUUAGAGAUUGUGUUAAAAAAAUAGUCUGUACGCUUUUCCUUCUCUGAGACUGAAAGGAUGCAAGCUGAGGUAGUGGCACAGGGUCGAUGGACACCAGAUCGGGAGUAUCAACAGAGAGUAAAAAGAACACUAGAAACCCCACUUCAGCAUGGGAAUAAAUGAUUUCCAGCUGCAAUAAGCCGUGCCUCACUGGUCAUACAGUGACUUGAUAUACUUUUGGGUGCUGUGCUGAGAAUGUCCAUUGGAAACAUUCACAUAUUUCGGUUGAUGUUCACAUAUUCAACACAGACAUCCUCUACUCUCACAAGCUGCGUGGCUUAGUGGAUAAGUACUGCCUUCUGCCUCUGGGACCAUGAUUGAAGCCCAGCCUGGGAUCAUGAGCUGAAUGUCUAAUGGACAACAGUCCACUUCUCAAAACCACUAUUCAUUAUUUGGCAUGGCUAGCAGUGCCUGCUCAGAAGAGGUCUAGACUCUAUUGAUCUGUCAUUAACAAUUUCACCUUUUAUUCUCUCGCCUUUUCUGUCCCCACCCUACUCCCCUCUCCACUUUUUGCCACUUUCAAAAGCAAUGUUUUCCAGGAAAGUAUUAAGGUCAUAAAAAUGGGUGAGUGGAUUUUUACACACCUGUGUAACUAAUGCCUAUGUCCAGACUAGCCUGAAAGGUUAUUGGAGAACUUUUGCAUCUGACCUUUGCUAGGUAACCAUCAUAGCAUAAAUAUUCUCCUAAAUACGAACUUUUUUUGUUUGUUUAAAGGCAGGAGGAUCUCUUACCUGAGAAAUGGGGUGUGAAUGUUUUGUGUUCUCUUUACUCUGUCCUUGUUAAGAUGUGAGAAAGCUAUACUGCUACGAGCAAUUUAAUUAAUAAUUGGAAGCCAUACUGAUAAUGGAUGUGGUAAUAUUUGUAAAGCAAACCUACUUUAAGUAGCAGAAACUAAUGGAAUUGUUUUCCUUGAUCAUAUGUAGCACUUUUGUUACUUUUUUCUUAAAGAUAUUUAUAUUUGAUAAGUCUUUUUUUUAUCAUUUGAGAAUUCAAAAUACCAAACAGCAAACUUGCAUUACAGAGUCACCCUGCGAUCACCUUGUCAUCUAGUAUCUAAAUGAUGAACUGUGUGUGCAUCUAAGAAAAUUACAUCUGCUGGCAUUGUGUGGAAAUGAUCUCCUGGCAUCCUGAUAAAAUGAUAUGUUGCUGCCGGUAAGAGGAAACGUUUCAAUGGAAACAGCAUGGGAAGUGUUAGAGACGGGCAGGACUGUGUUACAUUAAAAAUAAAAAUUAAAAACCUAUGUAAAUUUUUGUAUCUAGAUAUAUGAAAAUUUGCAUAGUGUUUCCUCAACAUUCCAUUUUUAUCUUCCCCGUUUAUGUGGGAAUAGCUUAAAAAGGGGAAAACAGCUUAGUCUGAAGGAUGGGUUUCCGUUUUCUCCCCUCCACUUCUAAAGGUGGAGGGAAUGAAGGGAAGUUGCUAUUACUUGGCUUGUUCUCAUCCCUUCCUCACGCUUAACUAUCAGAUAGCAUUGUGAACUCCUAAAAUGUGGCUCCUCGGCAGGUUUUUAGCCAGCCUAAACCCCUUCAAGGCAUAGGCUAACUAGAUCAUCUUUACAUCUGUUAAUCUUGUGGAAAUUGCUUAGGUAAGUGUGGAGGAGAUUUUGUGCUUUCAGAGGGCACAGAGUUGGCACCUCUUUGUCUCUGUAACUUUGAAGAUAUAUAGGUAGGGCUUGGCCUCGUCUUUCACUUAUGGAUUUCAUUGGAAAAUUUAUGUGCUUUCCUUAGAUAUAGAUCACUGAAGCAGAAUGAAGCCGUCUUUUUUCUGUUUUAUUGCAUUUCUUGAGUAGGCAAAUUCAUAAGUAGCAUCAGGGCAGACUCAGGAAAGAAAGGAAUUGGAUCAGCGACCAUUGCACCAUUGCAGUUUUUUUUCUUAAUGUGUGUAUGAAUGUUUUGGUACUAAGGAGUGAGAGGACGGGGAGAGCUUUUAUUUCUAUUUUUGCACAGCAGAAUGAUCGAGCAAACUAUAGCCUUAGUGGAAUUUUACCUAUUUAUUCAUUCCACAGUCACACACCAAGCUGACAAGCAACAUCCACGAUUUAUAGUAAGGAGAUUUUAAUAAUCGAUGACCUCUUUACGUUGGGCUUGCCACCACCAUUUGUUCUGGCUGUUUCAUUUUAAAAAGAACAGACUCAAACUGUUGGACAGCUGCAAUUUUAAAAGAAAUAUUGCUUGCUAUACCAUCUUAAAAAAAAAAAAUGUCAUUGUUUCAAGCAUCGCCUUUUUAAAGCAAUAGGGAAGAAUAAAAAUAGUACUAGAACUUCUAUAUCCUGAUUAUAGGUUCAUGUGAUGCAGGAUUAAAGUAACACCACUAAAAUUGUAUGUCUGUACCAUGUAAUGUGGAAUAAUCUGGUCUCAGUUCUGUUUGUCACUGUCAGGUAGCUGCUGGUCUCAUCAUGCAUCAAUAUCCUAUCUGAAGGUUAAACAGUUAAACCCUUGUGAACGACUGGAGAUUGGCAGAUCCUCCUUGUCUGUAGCUUCCUGGUAAAUACCAUCUUCUCACCAGAGAAAAUAACAAAUUACUUAACUGGGGAAUCAGACAACUUGGUUUCAUGGUGUCAGUUUUUGGGUUGCCCCUGUCUAUUUUGGCUUUUCUUUGACCAUCCAGAGGUACGAGGAAAGAGUAGGACCAGCUGUUAUCGUGAUGCUCACGGCAGUCUAUUUCGUUUAUUCUGAAAGUUCAUAAUUAACAAUUUGCAGUUGGCUGAUAAUUUUUUGGUUUGACAUGAAUUAGCUAAAAUGGAACAGAUGCUGAUGUGAUGAUAUCAGGAGAAGCGUACGUGAUCCGGAGUAAGUGAAAGAAUUGGUGGAGAGUGUGUCCUGGAAUUUAGCCUUUGUUCUAGGGUUUUUUCCACAAUAUGGGAAUCUUUUCUGUCUUUCUGUCUCUGGAUUUUCUUGAAAAUUAUGCCUCAUUUUUGUAGCAUGGCAAUUCAGUUGCAAUUUGUGGUAGCUAAUCUGGAAUUACUGCAGUUUGUUCUCAUGUGGGUUCCCUUGAAGUGAAUCUGGUGGCAGACUAGAUCUACCUUUUUGUUCUGUGAAUAGAGGAGAAAUUAUUUAAGAUGCUUCUCUUCUGUGAUGGGCACAGAUUGCUUUUAACUUUGUAGGUUAAGUUCUGGCUGUUAUUUUGUCGCUCAUAAAGUCCUUAUACUUGAGUUGUUGUCUCUUACCGUCUUCUUAAAACAACAGUUUCUACCUCCACUUCUUUUUGGGGUUGUGUCGGGUUUUUUGUUGGUGGUUUGUUUUGGGGUUUGGGUUUUUUUUUAAUUUUUUUUUAAGUCCACCACCUUUUUCCUGAAGUAUGAGAUCCCAGACAUUUGCAAAAGCAUUUUGAGAUGAUAAAAAUAAGUUGACCUAGACAUGAGUAAACACGUUACCCAUUGAUGCUGUACCAUUAUAGAGAUAUCUUCUAAAUACUCUAUAAACAUACUUAUUGUUAAAGUGUAAUCCCAUUAGUCAUAUGUUGGAUGUGAACAAGUUGGUCAUGAGUCAGCAGUGCACCCUUGCAGCAAUUAAGGAAUCUCAUUAAAAAGAGCCUUCAGCUCAAGGUUAAGGAAAGUGAUUAGUCCCCUCUGUUCAUCACUUGUGGGAUCACAUCUGGAGUACUGUGUGCGGUGUUGGGCAGGAGUGAGUCCAUCGUAGCGCUGCUGAGAUGAGAGGGUUGAAGCAUAUGUCAUGUGGUGAGAGUUUGUGAGAGCUGGGUUUGUUCAGUUUUCGUUCUUCAGCUAUCUUAAUGGGUGGGUUUAGAGAAGACGGAGCCAGGCUUUUCUCAGAGGUGCAUAGCAGAAAGGUGAGGGGCAGUGGGCUGAAGUUGUAUUAAAGAAAAUCCCAGAUAAAUAUGAAGAGAAAUAUUUUCAUGCUCAAAGUGGUAGAACAGUGGCCCAGAAGGGCAGUGGAAACCCCAUCCUUGGGGGUAUUCAAAACUCAACUGGACAAGGUUGGAUUAGAGACCUCCAGAAGUCUCUUUUGACCUAAAUUAUUCUGAUUCUGUACAAACCUGCUCAGGUUGAGGUUUUUCCUAGUUCUGAUCUAUACAUGUUGACUUGUUUAAAGAAAUUCUCUUAAUUUGUUGUUGUGGGUUUUUUUCUGUUUUGCUAUUCAUAAAAAGUUACCUUUCCUAUUCUACUAAUAGAGGGGAGCUUUAUUUGCAGGGUCUGGCUCGAGGCUCCAAUCAAGCCAUAAGUAAUAAAUUUCAUUAAUUAUUUGCUCUGUUUACACAGUUCUUCAGGGAUAUUUGAAUUAUUCUGUUUGUUUCAUUGCCUAACAUCAGACUGGUAAGUUUUCCAUGUUUUCGUAACAUUUGUGCUGUAGAUCAGUUUUUGCCUUUGUUUGUGAGGAUUUAUCGUUGUCUUGCUGCUGUGAGUGCAGGCGAAAAAUUUCACAUAGCUGAACAUAUUAGAGGAAAAAUUGUAGUUAGCUUAAACCCACUGGUGACUACUAUGAUAAGCUAGAAAUUUUUGGUUCAGUAAAUCAUUAAUUGGUGUUUAUCAGAAGCUGAAAGAGUAUGACUGGGAAAGAGUCAUAUUAUACUCACUUGGAUCCUCCUUUCCUUAAGUGUUAGCUGUUGGCCACUGCUAGGAAAAAAACCAUACUUCACUAGGCAGAUUUUAGGUCUGAUGUGGAUGUUAUUUGGAAGAGAAAUCGCAAUGGUGUUUGCCAAUAUGGACUGGCUUGGGGUCAGUUAGACUCCCAAGAGUUAAUUUCUGCCUUUGAGGUGCAUAAGUACAUGGAGAUGAGUUCAUGAUUUUGAGUUCCUCUAUGUGGUAUAAAAAUUUUCCUUCACAAUAAGAUGCUGCUUGCAAAGAAGUAAAAUGAAAGCAUUGUGCUGGCCUUCCCCCAGGGUAGUUGAGUCACCAAGACGUGGUAGCUGUAGCAGGGUUUCAUAAGGAAACAGAUUUUAUUUUUCCUAUAGAUAAAAUCAGCAAAAUUCGUGUAAGAGUUUUCAAAACUCAAAAUUGCUGCCCCUAAAGCACUUAAUGGAGGAUGUUGUUUCCCUGCCUGUAAUCUUAACUCAAAUGCAAAGCUGGAUUCACACCUUUCUCUGCAAAUUACUAAGAUUCAGUGUGAGAUUUUGCCUAUAGUACUGAGAGCUGUGGAUGUUUAGUAGGAGAAGAUUUUUUUUUCCCACUUUAUCCCUGGAAUUCUGCUCAUUUUAGAUCAUUUUCUUACCAGGAGGUUUAUGUUCCUCCUCCACCUCAGCUACGUCAUUGUGCAGCUUUCAUUCCCCAGCGUUCAUCAGCUUCUUUCAAGUUUGUUGGAUAAUUACCAGCAAAUUCUAGGGGUUUUUUGUCAAAAUAAACUUUGCUCUUAUUUUAGACAAGGCUUCCCACCCAAGUAGCUCUUGCACUCUUUGAAGUUAUUUAACUUGGUAAUAUUAUUUUGAGCAAAGUCUUAAGCUUGUAGACAAUAAUCUUGAGUUUGGUGUAACUUUUAUAAUUUGGCAGGAAUCUUUGUUGGCAGGAUUGGUCUUGAAAACUGCGUUAUAUGUCAGUGACCUAACGUGUUCAUUCUUAUUAGCCAGCUGAAGAUUGUGUGUCUGUGUUAGUAGCAGUAGUCAGGGUUGUAUCGUGAUCCCAGCUAAUUUAAUGGAGUUUUGUGGAGUCAGGCGUUUUCACUGUGAUUUCUUGGAAGGGAAGGUUGAUGGCCUGACCAAAAAGUACCUUGCAGUUCCCAAGAAGAGUUGCAGAGACAUUUCAAAAUAAAACAUUCCCCCUUGGGCUUUUUGCAGCUGGGAUACUUACUCAGGAUAUUGAAUCAGUUAUUGGCCAGCAGACAUUUGGCAAGCUGAAAAGCAUAGUCCUAAAACCUUCAUUUUAACGACUAUUACUGUUGUCUAAUUUAUAGGGUUUAAACUGUCCAACUAAAGAUGUUGCACAUUGAUGAAGGAUGAGGCAUUCUAGAGAUGGCAGCUAUAAAUUCGAAUUUAAAAUACACAAAAAUUAUUUUUCUCCUUUGUGAGAAAUGUGUUUUAACUAGAAAAGUGGACUUGGUCGUUUUGAGGACUGUCAGUAGGAUGACAGCAUUUUGAUGUUGGUUUUUGUCCAACAAAUAUAAAUAAAAUCAAAUAAAUGAAAAUAAUCUCAGUGGCACCAGUGAAACAGAGAUGUGGGGAGAAAAAUGCAAACAUCUAAAGAGUUGUUCAUCGCUAACCUUGGCCUUAGGAUUUAUCACAUAAAAAUAGCCUAGAAUUGUUCAUGCCUGUUUUCACGUAGGCGUCCAUUGAACGUAGGCGAUGCUGUAGCUAAGACAGUAUUGGCACAAUUACAAUAAUCAGCACAAACUACUCUCUGUUUUUCUUAAGGUUUUUCUGUCACACUCUUUGAAAAUCCAUAUCAUACUUUAACUUGCUGGAAGAAGUAAACAAAUACAUUUUGCUCUUUCAAGAUACCAAGAUAUGCUCUGUGAUGCCUGCAACAUGCUUAUCAGUGUAGUAUCUAGGCAAUAAUAUUGACAGCUUAUGUCGUGGAGAUAGAAGAGGAUUUGCCGUUUUGGGUGUGGGGGAAAAAUUCACAAAAUGUAUUUUAAAUGCCCCUGUUAAUCAGGCUGAUCAAGAAAACUAACUAAUUGGUUUGAUUGCUGCAAUGUUGUGCUCUUCCCCAUUCUUUCCAGUAAGCUUUGGAGUGCUCUGGCCAACAGCUUAAGCGUGAGUGAACUAAAACCAUUGAACUAGAGUGAACUGCAUAAUGGGCCUUUGAUGUCUCUGUAUGUUCAGUGCAUCUCUCACUCAGAUGGCUUGGCAGAAGGCGCUCUCUGCCAUUUAUUCCCUCUCUUCCCUCCGCUGUUAAAUGGAAGCGGGUGUAUUCUGCUGAUCAAAACAUCCAGCACACUUCUGCUAAAUCCUUUCAAACUGCAGCCAGGGUAAUUGGGAUGGGUAGGAUAAAUGCGUAAGAGUAUGGCAGUAAAAGUGAUGGCAGUUCUUUUGAAUGACUGGGUGUCCUCCUGACAUGUAAUUAGCUGCUUUAGAAAGAUGUGGAUUGGCAUGGUCAUAAUUAAAAGGAUUUCUGUCUUUUCUGUGAUUGAAAACAGAAGAUCUUCCGCCCCCUAAUUCUCUUUAAUACCAGUGUUAUUAGUGACACUUGGAACACAGCUACUUCGUAAACUUAAAUAAUGACCUGUUCCUAAUGGUAACUUACAACAGCAGGGACUGAAACCGAGGUUAGUUUUCUAUGCAAAGCUGCUUCUCUUCCUUUUAUGUUCCUCCCCCCACACCACCGCCCCUCCUGGGCACGUAUGUAUUGCUGCUCAGUGAGUUUCAGAAACAAAACAGGCGUUUAGUUAUGUGUGACAGAAUUAUUGCAGAUUACCCAGGGUUGUGGUUUAGGUCUUCUUGAUUUGUUUUAGAGUUGUAGUGUUGAGGAAGGUUAGCCCUGGUCCAGGACUCGGCUGAAUUACUCUUCCUGUGUUUUCAUGCUGCCUGCAGGUAGAAGGUUCCAAUUGCACUGUUGUCUUCCGGUUCCUGAAGCAGGGAAUGUAACUCGCUCCUCUGUGUCACUCCAAGUUCUCCUUCAUAGUGUCUCGGUUUGGAAGCCUUAUCAGCAGUUGUUGCCAAGUAUAUAACCGUAUUGUCCUCAAGCUGUCUGCUGUCUCCUGUUGCAGGUAGCAUGGUGUAAUGAUAUGAACUGACUCACCUUUUUCUUAAGAAAUCUCAAAAUAGCCUGCAACUGGAUAGUUGGCUGGACAGUAUGCUUGCCAUUCACGACAGGAGAGGAUAUAUGGCAGUGACCUAAAAUAACAUCGUAAUCUUUCUCUGAUAUGUUGCUAGAUUCUCAAAAAGCGUCUGUCAUAGGGUGUGACGUGCCUUUUUAUUCUGUGUUUUUGUGAGAAACGUUAUCUGUUGACCAGUCUUGAGCACUGAAGAGCCUGUGCUCCAUGUUUGCCCGUAAGUUUCUUGACCAUAUUUUUCCAUAGUGCUGUUCUCCUGCAGUAGUUACUUAUCAGACAGGUUUCCGGAGUUUUUUGGUAUGCAAAGAUGCAUAUAGAGACUCUUAGUCAAAUUCAGAAAAAUUAGCAGGUUCCUAACUCCAACAGAUUUGAAAAAGAAGUUAGGAACUUCCUUAGGCUCUUAUUUAAAUCCUUCAGUUCCUUUUCAGCUUCUUUGUACUGAAAUACUUGUGUAAUCUCAUCCAAUGUCACCGUGGUGCAGAAUAGACCUGUGAGUCGUGGGUACUUCAGUUCUUCCAGCGCAGUUACCACUGGUGGUACUACACUCACAGUAGCAAUGGUAGCAACCUCCUUUUCUAGGACAUAUGUUUUUAGACAUUAACUUGCUGCUGUCAUGGGCCUCAAUUCAGCUUCCUAUUCUCCUCUCUUUACCCCUUCUCCUUAACUAAUUAAAGUCUUCCAUGUUAUGGCAAGAUGGCAUAUGUAGCUUAAAUAACCCACCUCUAUAAUUAAGAGGUUGACUUUAGCCUUCUGAGAUAUAUUUUACAUCAUUUGAGAUUUAAAAAUACAUUUUACUUAACAAAGUUUAUCUGUCAAAUCGCUCAAGGAGGGCAAAGAGAUAAUGAAAGUAAAUUAUUAAUUAAUACUUCUCACCCAAUAUAUUCCAUUAAGAAUAUUAAGCAUAUAUUCCAUUCCUCAAAGUAUGUUUUACUUUGGAUUUUUUUUUUUUUGAAGUCUGCCUGCUGAUAAAGUUGCUGCUAUCUCUCUUUGACAGGACUGUAGUGACAGUACUGAAAAUACCCUUUAGGAGCUAACCAGAGCCAGGAACUCAGAAUAUCAACUCACUGAUCGGUUUUUCCUAUACCAGAGUGCAAGCCAUUUCAUUUAUGCAUUAUGGCAAGUGAGCAGAUCUUUUCAAGACCAAAAUGACAUAGACUCCCUUGACACAUUCAAGCUGUUUUUCUGUUCAAAAGGUUUGAUAUAAUUUUGGAGUAGAAAGGAGCAUCUCACCUUUCUCCAUAUUAGAUAGAGUGGUCUGAGUUUAGGUGGAGCUACAUUGGGUUCAGAAUGGCAAAGAAGAAAUUUGAUGUGUUGCUGGGAAAGACUGGUGUAUUGCACAAAAUGUGUAACUACUACUUGAGAAGGGUAAACAUCUUGGAAGCUUUAUUGAUGAGAUAGUUGAACAGUUUAUGAAAUGCUCUGAAAUCUCCAAUGUAUGUUUCUUUGUGCCAAUGUGUCUUCAUGGCACACCAUAUAGCAUUACAAAGUUCAUUUAGGAGUUGUUAUUGGAAUUUGAGGCACGCUUUUGUUCGGUCUGUUGCAGAGGUAGUUGCCUAUCAGUUUAGCUAAACAUUUACAUCUCGGCACACAGCUGCUCAUUGGGCAGUAACAGUUUAAUUCUGCAACUCCUCCUUCCUCGAGAGCUCUUUUAAGCCACAGUCCUCUUUCUCCAGGUGCUUGGAGAAAAUAAAUACUACUGAGAUGAGGGAAUAGAUCCUCUCAUUUUGCAGAGCUUAUCAGAGCUACCCUCAGUUGAGAAGCUGCACCUAGAUCUCAACAACACUCACUUACUAAUGCUGGGAUUUGUAGCAGAGCAAGAAUGAAACAGUCCUGAAGUUGCAUUGCCAGUAAUUCAGUUCAGUGAAGUAGGCUUGAAAAUUAGGCAUCUGGUUAGGAGUAAAGAGUCAGUGAAGUCUCCACAGACAUUAAGAAGGUAUUUGCAAAUGUGUUGAGAGAAAAAAAGAUAUUAUUCCAUUUAUGUUUAUAAAUCCAUUGGAUACAAAUGGUAAAAUUUGUAGAGUUAUGUGGAAAAGGCAGACACUUUCAAUUAGGGGAUUUUUUUUUUUUUUUUUUUUUGCAUUUGGAAGGGCAGGAUGGUUUGUUCAUCCCAUUGGAUGAAGUAGAUGGAAUAGGGAGUUUGCAUCAGGAUUGUGGGAGGCCAUCUAAUAUUCAGGGUCUCCUUGAAGGUGAUAGACUGGUCCCUUCUGGCCUUAAUUGUAAAACUAUGAUUCCAAAGAGGUAGACUUAUCUUUUACUCUUACCGUUAUAACCUGUUCAUAGUAUUUAAUAAUUUAUAGAGAUUUGAGUACUAGAGGGGUUCUCUGCAGUAAGAGCUUAUUUAAAAAGUAUCACUUUCCAUCAGAGAACAUAUUGUGCCUUAUGUCUCUAAACCACGUGAAGUUCCAGUUAUGUACGAUAAAUACCUUUUUAUACUUUGUACUUCUGCCAUAAUGGGAAUCAAACAAACAUAGUUUUGAUAACAGGUGGUUUCUGUAUGCUGCCGUAUUACUUAGAUUUGCUCCAGUAUCUUACAGAUUCAAUCUAUCUAUUCUACUGACACAGCGAUGCACACUUCCAUACCAGUCAGUGUUGAGCAGCUAAAGUAGCUCUGGAACAGCAUUAUUUUGUUCAACUGUUAUUUUUGAUUCUUAUUUGAAAAUAAACAAACAAACAAAAGCCCUAACCAAAAGCCCAGGUCAGUCUGAAUUUCUAAUCCUAAAUUCUUUGUUGCUAUUCAUUACAUUAGACAUUUGGGUACAUGAAUUCCAGUUGUUAAGGGUACCUUGCAUUGAUUUUUACCAUUACCGAAGAACAUUCAACAUGAAUACAAUUUGAUCAGUCAUGACCAUUUCCUCUAGCUGCAGUGCCUCAAGCAACUGUUUUUUACAAAUACUUUCAUCAAUUGCCACAGUGCUUCAAAAAAUAUCACAGCCAGCAGAAGUCCUCUUGCUAAACUGAUGUCUUCUCUUAUUUCCUCCACUGAGCCUGUAUUUCCUUGAAGGAAUUCCAGACAAGUGUUUUGAGCUACACCUCCUCCAACUGCUCUGAGCCAUUCACUUUCCUCUGAAGUUGAUUCUUGUUGGUACCGAAUUUGUCACACAUUAUUUUCCCAAACGUCAGUUCUUUUCACAGAGGUAAUUUAUUUUAUCUUUCAUCCAAGCUCCUUCACACCCUGGUAAUCCUAUUUUACCUGGUUUACUGGUGGUUUUCUCAUACUGAAGUGCUCUGACCUGAACCCAUUGUUCUUACGGUCUCUAAAUAAGGGAUAUAUAUUGUUUCCAUCCUAAUAAACAGCAAUCCAGUGUAAUGCUGCAGCUUAGAUUCGGUUCAGUCUCAUGAAAUCUUUCAAGCUUUCUGCUAGCCAAAAGACAUUGGGUUUUUCCAGCAUGGUUAGUUAGCAGCCCUCCUCCCUUCCCUCAUUUCAGUUUUGAGGCUUAGAUUAGAAAAUCGGGGAAAUAGUAACUUUUAAGUAUAAUCUUUUUUAUUACUACUUGGACUGUCUUUUUUUUACUGGGAAGACUGGUACUGGGCUGUGCACUUCAGCAGAUACUAAACAAUGUUCUAGGAAAUUACUUGCAAAAAUAAAGGUAUAUCUUGGAUACAGCAGUGCUUCUAAACAGACUAAUUUGAGGUUUCUUGCACACAAUUAUAGUGCUCAGGUUUAUCUGUUGAGUUCAGUUCGUUGUGCAGUUUGUUGUUCGCUGCCUCUCCCACUCCUGUUAGGACUCACUUGUUGCUGUCCGUGCCCUUUCUCCCCUUUCGCAGUCUUUGGUGACUUUUGCUGUUUUAAUUUUGUUCCUCCCUGCUUUCUCUUGUUUCUCCUUCUUCUCUUUUUCCUGUACAGGCACUUUAUUACCCUCACACCUUCAAGCAGCGUAUUUAUGGUUAGACGUUUUUUAAUUCUUUUAAUGCUACUUUAGUCCAAGUCAAGACGUGUUCACCUUUCCUUUUGCCUAUUAGACAGUGCUGUAUCAAUUGCUUACUUGAAGUCCAAAUAUAAAUUGUCCACAGUGUAGUAUAAAUAUGAAAAAUUCUGUCUACUCUGACCAUUUUAAAAAAAGAUUAGCUCAUAAAUUCAGUCAAUUUACAGCAGGCUUUUUACUUGCAACCUCCUAUGUGAAAUAAGGUAGUUCCAAGGUGUUGGACCAUGGUUAACAGAGAGGGACAAGGUAGUAGCAUUUUUUUCUUUCAUUUUAUUGCUUGCAACUUAGUGUUGGAAGCUGUCUUAAUUGGUGCAGUUGAUUUUCUUGGUUAGCGUGCUGUGGCUUUCUUUUUUUAAUGUGAGGGUUUGGGACAGGUUGUGUGGAUUUGCAUAGCUUUACUAAAGGAGGCUGUGUACUGGUUCCCCUUGUCACUUCAUUCACCCAGGGUUUGGGAUCACUUUUUGCAGCCCAAGUAGCUUUUUAUUAUUAUUUUUAAAGUUAUUUUAGAUUUGAAGAUGAUUGGAAAAACUUGAAAUUACUUUUCCAAAUGAAAAAUUAUAAUGAAAACAGAGUUUGGAUUUUGAGCUUCCCAUCUUUCAGCAUUAUCCACUGAAUUUUCUCUUUCUCUUUUGGCUCCUGCGUAAAUUUAGAUGUCAUCUUGAGGCUUGUGCUGAACUGAAGCUUGUGACUUGUUUCUAGUUGCUCUGGGGUCAGAGCCCUGUUUGUUCUCUCGAGAGGGACAGAUUUUCCAUUUCAUCACCCGUUGCAAUACGAACUCAAAAGCAAAAACCCUUUUGCCUUGCUUUUGGCUCUAGCCGUACUGUUAGUAAUGUCUUUCCGCAUCUUGUCAACAGCCGACCCUCCUUGAUUUGCUGCCAGAGUUGUUCUUGAGGGUUACGGGCAGCACUUCUCACACCAGUGCAAACGCUCGGCGCGCUGCUGCUGGCUUAAACUGGGAGAGCACCGUGUCUCUUUGGAAGUCAGAUGUCAGAUCCGAUAUGAUAAAGUGAUAUCAUUGUGCCACAGAACCACCGUAAGACAGGCUUUUACCUUAAAGAUAAUACAGGAAUUACAAAUUUAAACUAGAUUUAGUUGAAUAGCAGUUCUAUCAAAGGGUGACAAAUAAAAGUCAGUUGUGUCCAUGGGGAGCACUAUUUUCUUGACAAAUCGCCUUGGCUGUCUCCCUCUUGGUCUUUAUGAUCUUCCCAAGGCUGACGAAAGCCUGGGAAGUGUGAAAUAUGUGCAGUACUUUUUUAAUUUUUUUUUUUUUCUUAGUGUCAAUUUUAAAAGUGCCUAAGUGAGUAACAGGACUCCAGAGUGAGCUGGAGGAACAGGAUUAGACCUCAUUUCCCUCUUAAGAAAAGAGCCCUCCCUGCAGUCCCUCCACACGUACGACUCCAGACGAGCGGUGGGAGUCCAGAGCUCUGCAGAAUCCGGCUGGAAAGAAAUCUCUGCUCCUCCCUCACGCUGCCCCCCUCGGUUUUCAAUCUGUUGGUGGGGAUCUUCUUAACGAAUCUCGUUUCUCCGCCAAACCUUAGGAAUCUCCGAUUUGGGGUGGACGGUAAAGAGGGGGGAAGCUUGGAUAGAAUUCAGUAGGAGACUGCCUCUGGGAUUCCGGAUACAAAUAGCUUCGUGCAUUAAACGUGCACCUCUGGACAACCAUACGUCUGAGACUCUGGAUAGAAAAAGCUAAUAUACAUAUUUAAUCGCCCCUUUUUGGAAUCACAGAGGCAGUUUCUUCCUAUAUUCUUAAUUAUUUCUAGGCUUAUAAUAGUGGCACCUGCUAAACAUUUUGUCAAAAUAAUUGUAACUAUUGGCAGGUGGUUAUAAUUUUGUAAACAUACAUGAGAAUUUUAUGUGAGUUAAAAAAAAAGAUAGAUAUCGAUGCUAGUUUAAAAAAUUGUGUUAAAGGAGAAUUUCUUCUGACCAUAGUAACAGGAAAUAACAGAACACUAUUAAGAUGUAUUAGUACCACUUAAGGAUUCAGAAAAUGAAAGCAAUCCAUAUGUAGAUGUUUUAUUUUUCAUUAGUAACAAAAUGUUGUUUUCACUCUGACAACUUCAUAACAUAUGAGUUGGGAAAGCCUAGGAAAUUACUAUUGGCAAGAAAAGCUAUAAGGACAUCUCUUCUGCAGAGAACAGAAAAUUAGCUUGUAGGAUGUUGAUGGGUGUUGAUAUAAGCAAUGAUCAAAUGGGAAUCUAUUGCUGGGGUACUAAUGAAAAUAAAGUAUUAUUUGUGGAGCCUAUAAUACACACAGACCGUUCAACGUUGUACCGUGGCCCUGCUCUAGAGAUGCCUUUUUUAACGGUGAUUUUUUUUUUCUAAACCAAGUGAUUGUCAAUAACAGUGGUUGUAAUUGAAAAAAGAUUAAUGUAGUAGUGAGUGUUGCAAACCUAGAAGUGAAAAGACAGUGGAACAGGAUCAGAGGCACAAAAAAAUGAAGCAAAACCCCCAAACAAAAACUCUUAGCAAAGCGCCGGGGAGUUGCGUUUUUAAAUUCAGAAUUUUGUGCGUCUUAAUUUUGUUCCACUGCCACGUUGACUUGGGGGCGGGGGGUGUCGUAUCAACCUUGCAUCUCCGGUAAGGGCAAGCGAGCAUGACUGUAGUGGUAGUAUUGUGUGCGUUGGAUGGCUGGCAGUCGCCUACGGUUACUUCAUGUGUCUACCAAAUGCAUCAAUAAUAUAAGAUGAGCUGUGUCCCAUCUCUGCUGGUCACCGUAACUCGCCAGCGGGUUCUUGCGUGUCUGUACGUUCCUCUGUCAGCAUCUUCCACUCACGUAUUUGUUUCUCCCGCCAUGUGCCCCGACGAAAAUGGCACCUGUGUCUCAUCUGCUGUAGGUGUUCUGCCUACCUCAAGAGGUAAACAUGGUAUCCUAGAGUCGUGUGUUCACAGUCUGUUCUUUUUUACAUGAGCACUAGCGCGCGCACACACACACACACACACUGGAAUGUAUAUUCUCCUCCCCCCCCCCCCCCAAUAACCUCUUGACCUGAUCCUUGCUGUAGCCACCACCAACUCCUCUUGCAAAUUGGAUGCUGCUUUAAAUGUGAAAACAAAUGUUCAAGAAGCUAUAAAACCUGAAUGAAAGCUAAAGCUGAAUUUAUAAAGCCUUGUUGCAUAUGAGCCAAAAGUGCAAAAAGCUCUAUAUAAUGAACUAACCUGCCACUCAUAUAAAUAUAAAUAUAUAUAAAUAUAUUAAAAUCAGACUGUUCUACAAAAUUGUGUAUUUGUAUUUUUGUGUACGUACAAUUUUCUGCUAAGCAGAAGGAGGAUGUAGUAUAGGAUGAUGUGAGAAGAGAUUUUGUUUAAUCAUAUUUCUUUGUUACUUAUUUUUGUUAACAUCCAGAUGCCUGUCUUUGUCUUCUGUGUAUGACACUGUUCGAAAGGUGCAGUAUCUCUCUCCCGCCCGCGUAUUAAACCUCUUCCACCAUGAAGGAGUCGGGUAAUGCUACACAUCAUCAUCAAACCCCGCAAAUAUGCCUCAUUCUGGAUCUUAACAAGGGCUGCUUGUUCAGCUUAAAGACUAUAUAUUUCAUGUUGGCAUUUAAUGGGCACGUCGUGUUGUUGCUCCUAAUAGUGAUGUCAAAUAUUCAUGCGCUGGGCGAUUGCUUUUCACGCAGGUGUUCUCCAAGCACGCUCUCUACACCAUCCACGGGCUGUAGUAUCUUUGCUACUGGUCCUCAGCCUGAAAUUUCAGGGCUGGGGGAAAAUGAAGUAGGGUAGAUUGGGAAGGAGGAUGAACAGAUCCUUGUGGUCAGAAGUUGCUUAUGGAAAAAAAGACGCCAGGGAAGCAGUACUGUAUGUCACAGGGGAGUGAAUCUCAGGUAACACCACCACAGAGGAAGGUGCCACGGGGAGCUCCUCUUCCCCACAGCUGUCCGCAUGCUGCCAACGUGUAUUUUUGCUUUCAGGAAGGCAAGUUGGCAAGGAAAUGGGUUGUAACUUUCCCUGUGCCACUUCAGACACGUCCUUCCAUCCCUUGCAGGAGUUGCACGCGAGUUGUGUGCGUCUCUGUGGCUUUACGACCGUUUGGUCCGUUGCUGUAAGAACGCUUGUAGCAGCCUUGUUAGACGAGGUCCAUCUUCGCAUGACUUGAUGCCCUUGCAGUAAAGAUACUGAUUUUUAGGAAGAAUGUUCUAAAAUCUUCUCCAAAUCACUGCAUUUAUCUGCAAGAUGCUGAUGGGUCUGCUCCAUCAUUUGCCACAAGGAGAAAAGUAACAGUUUUUCUCCCUUGGUGCACUUGGGAGUCCUUAGUUAUGCGUUAUAGAGUGGAGAACUAUCUAUGGAAAGAGGGAGUCAAAGGAGAGCUAGAUAAAACGGGAUAUAGUGGAAAAACUAAAACGCAAAGCUUUGGGCACAAGGUGACAGACGUUCAUCUUCCAGUUCCACCACAGACUUGCUGCAGACCCUUGAGGCAAACCGAUCCUUUCUGCGUGCUUCAGUGUUCCCAUCUCCAAAAUGCAGGUGAGAGUUAAUAUCCGUCGCGUCUUCCUCAGGCAGCAGGUACUGUGGAAGUAUGAAGUAUCAACUUCUUCCCUUGUGUCCUUUACUCUUUUUCUUUCUUUCUUUCUUUCUUUUUUUUUUAAACUUAAUUUCUAACAGUGUUUGAACUGAAUUUUGGCCUAGGGAGAGCGAUACUGCAUCUUUACAUGUAGGGCUCAUAUUUAUAACAAUGUGUAAUGACUGUAGCAAAAGUCCUUGUUUCUAUAUGUGAAUGGACAGAGAAACAAGUGCUCUAUUGUAUUGAUUAAAAUAGUUAAAAUGAGUCCUGUAUCAUUGUAUCUCCUAUUCUGGAUUAGUGCCUUUUGGACAGUAGACUGUUCUGUAAUUAAAAUGUAGUAUAACUGCUUUUUUGUACAGUUUUGUUUUAAUAAAACUUUUUUUUAAUUUGUGUUUAUUUUAGUAUUGUACCUAUUAGAAAAUAAAAAUGUAUAACUCCACAA